AUGACGGACGCCGCCACGGCGUCCGCCGUGCGUGAUUACACGGCAAUAUUUAGUGCGGCAAUGCCACCGGUCCUUCGCAGUCAGUCCGGCACCUCCUCUGCGCUGCUGCAGUCCGCGUCAGCCGCGCUGGCAGCGACGUCGCCGAGCUGCCUGGAGUGGCGGCCGUAUCGUUCCGGGGAGAUGGGUGGGCGCGGCGCGGCGAUGACGAGGCUGCUGCUUGGCAGUUCCGGCGCGGCGCCGCACACCAGGCAGCUGGAGGCGGGUUUGCUGCGCCGGGAGGUUCUGCUCCGCGGGGAAUUUGACCGUCUGCGCCAUGCUGAGGAGGAACGCGUGCGCUGGGACCACCAGCGUGAGCACGAGGCGCGGCUCGCGGAGGAGCAGCUGCGGUUGCUCGAGACCGCGAAGGCAAUAGAGCUCGAGCGCGCGAAGCGCACGGAGGAGCAGCAGCAACGCGUCCUGGCGCAGGAGCGGGAGCUGGAGGAGUGGAAGCAAGAGCGGGCAAAAGAGAUGGAGGAGCAGCGGCGCCGACGCGUGGAGGAGGAGGACCGGCUGCGCGCCCGCCAACACGAGCGGGAGAUGCUGCUGAUGCGGGAGGAGGCGGAGCUGCGGCUUCAAACGCAGAAGUCGCUCGAGGGCCACAAACAGUCCAUCGAGAGCACUGUCAAGGGGGCCGCGGAGUCGAUGCUGGGGCGGCUUCGCGAGGAGUUCAAGGAGGUGGAGAGACAGUGGAGCACGCGCUUUGAGCGUCUGCAGCUGGAACACAGCGGCGAGACGGCCGCGCUGCGCCACGACAUCGAGCGCGAGCGGCAACUCGUCGCCCGCGGUGAGGCGCAACUCUCAGAGACGCGGGCGCAGCUCGACAAGCUGCACACGCUGGUAGAGGAGCUGCGGCGGCAGAAGGACGGCGACGCACACAGCCGGGCAACGGAGACGUCGCUGAAAGAAUUGCACCAAAAAGCCGUUGACCGGCUGCAGCGGGCCUUUGAGGAGGACAAGCAAAGCAGCAAGCAGUGGUUCAUGGAGGAGCAGCAGCGCACGCAGAAGUUGCACGAAAGCGCCCUCCUUGAGGCGGAGGAAAAACACCGGGACCAGGUGCGUCGCUUGGAGGCAGCCCUAGAUGAGGCAAGGCGUCAGCUGCGCGAGGCGGAGGGCGAGCUGCAGCAGUACAAGGUGAAGCUGCCGACGGCCGCGGCGGAGGAGGCGCGACUGCGGGAGGAGUUGCGGACUGUGCGCAAGCAGCUAAAUGAAGCUGUGGACGCAAAGCAGCACGCGGAGCGGCAGUCUCGUGAGCUAGAGCGAGAGUGCGAAGAUGGACGCAAGGCCCAGCAGGCGCUGCAGCUGGAGAUGGAUGCGGAGGCAGCGCGACACGGGGCGGAGCUGCGGUCAGCGCGCGAAGAGUGCGAGCAAGUCGCGGAGGAGCUCGCCCGUGCAAGGAAGACGCACGCGGAGGAGCUGCAGGAAAUUCGCAGGAAGCAGCGCUCUGGCGGGAACGCCGUGUCACGUGACGCGACAAAGGAGGUGGAUGUGACAAUCCGACGAAUGAACGAGCGCCACGAGGAGGCGAGGCGCGCGCUGGAGGCGGAGAAGGCGCAGCUGACGCGCCAGGUGCGAGAGGCAGAGCAGCGGCACGAAGACGCACGGCAGCGUCUAGAACUCGAGUUUGACAAACUGGAGGCUGCGCGGCGCGACGGCGAGCGGCUUAAGCAGCAGCUAGAUGAGAAGGAUCGCGCCGUGGCCGAACUGCAGGGGGUCGUUGAGGAACUCAAGCGGAAGGACGUCUCCGCCGCCGACGCAGCCGCAGAAAAUCGCAAACUGCAGCAGGAAUUAGAGCAGUUGCGCCGCAGCCACGAGGCCGCUGCGCGUGCCAAGGAGAGCGAACUUCAGGAUUUGCGUCGCGACGCUUCGGAUGCGCGGCGGCGGAGUGCUGCCUUGCAGGAAGAGUUGACGGCCGCGCAGCGAGUGCGGGGGGAGGUGGAGGUGCGGAUGAAGCGUCUCGCGGACGAGGCGGCGCUGACGGAAAAACAACUUCGUCGCGAAGCGGAGGAGGCGACGCAGGCCGCGCAGUCUUGGAAAGACCGCUACACCCAGAUGCAGACGGCGUCGGCGUCGUCGGCCCCAAGAAUGCAGACUUUGCUAAACGAAAAGGAAAGUGAGCUGUCGCUGCUUCGUGACACCAUAGACGCCCUGAAACGGGACAGGGACACGCUGGAGAAGCGGGUGCAAGAGGUCCAGACGACCGCUACCACGAGGGAGCAAGAGAUGCUUGAUCAGGCGACCACAGUGAAGGCGCUAAAUGCCGAGAUUGCCUCGUUGCGGGAACAACUUUCGACGGCGAUGCGGUCAGCGAAGGCGGCGGCGCCGCAUUGCCCGCCCCAGACGUUGGAGCACUCCCCCUUGCACAGGGCAACAGGCGCCGAGGCAUCUCCCGACGCGCGCCUCGCACAAGCAAAGUCGACGGUAGAAUCCCCUGCAAGCGACAGCCUUAGAUUUGCCGCCACGGGAGCGCAGCCUCUUCCGCAAACGGCGCGCUCUGCUUCCGAUUUUGUGAGUGUGUUCCCGCCGCCCGCUCCGUUCACGACGCCGCGAGCCCCCGCGGCAGGAAGCCCACCACAUGCUCCCCCCCCGGAUAUUUCCUUGACGCCGCGCUCCUCUGCCACGGUGCCCCCGGCGCGGCUUCCUGAGGGGCUCUCUUUUUCUGCUGGGCAUCAGUCACUUUCUACGGCUCGAGCAUCGCUUCCAGUUGUCGAUUCUGCAGGGGCGGGAAUACUGAACUUGGGAGCACAUGCAUCCGUGCUUCUUUCACCACCUGCAUCUCCGCAACCUGGCCAUUCUGCAAGCGCUUCGCGGACGUCUUCGUUCACGGUGCCGGUGCCGGCGCCCUCGACGGCCCCGGCGGCGGCAGUUGCUCCUCCUCCUCAGGCAGCUGUGCCAAUGCCAGUCCCUGCAUCUCCGCAACCUGGCCAUUCUGCAAGCGGUUCGCGGACGUCUUCGUUCACGGUGCAGGUGCCGGCGCCCUCGACGGCCCCGGCGGCGGCAGGUGCUCCUCCUCCUCAGGCAGCUGUGCCAA